AUGAGAGAAGCCUUGGGAAGGAGAAAACCAUCGACAUAUGAUUUGUUCUUUCGUGCUGUAUUUGUGACGCAUGCACGUAACUGGACUAUCCGUGAAUUAGCCCACAUAUGCGUUCUUGAAUCAAGUUCAGAUAACUUUGAAGCAAAGACAUUAGUAUCUGUACAGCGAUUUGUUAGCAGACUAACUGAGGCUGGCCUGAUACAAGUCGAGAACAUGCGAACCGACCACCAAGGUCGUGAAGUCACUCUACUCUGCACUUCAAGAAACUAUGCCGAGAUUAAUCACAAUUGCUUGAAAGAUUCAACGAUUAGUUCUACAGUGCCCGAAAAAAAGACUAACCAACAUCGAGCGUCGACGGAUUGCAAUUCAAGCAAACGUCUCAAGAGACCAAAUCGCGAAUUGUCGUCUAUAAUUUCUGAUACACAACUUUAUCCUGCGCCAUAUCGAAAACUCCACCAUUCUGGUUCUUCAGCUGCGCGUCGAUUAACGAGCCCUCGAUCGAACGCAUCAAAAGCUGCACAAAAGCCUGCAAGGUUCACAGAAUUCAUUGCAAGAUACCCAGAGCUGACCGAUUUACUCAAGGGCAAGAAUAGCCUCGAAACGGAGGUUGCUAAAAUCGAAGACAGUGUCAGACGAGCAAAGAUGGCGCUUAAAUACCAUAAACAGGACGAAGACAGUGUUAUUCAAGCACUCAUUAUUAAAUGGCGAAAAGCAAGCCAGGAAGCUGCAGAAUUCUGUUUUAAUAACAUGAAGCAUGGCAUGUCGGUUCUAGAACGAUCGGGCCGUACAUCAUGGUUUGCAGAAGGUCAUUAUAACUGGGACGAGAAAAACUCACCACCAGCUUACUCGGAUGAAGAUGAUACGGACGAGUCGGUUAAACACGAAAACUUUGCAGAUGACAUAUCAAUGAAAUCAAUGCUAUCUCGGAUGGGGAUUGACAUUGCACUUAUCAAGUGGAAUGAUGAAGAUGAGUGCUUCGAAGACUGA